GUGAGGUAUCCGGAUAGCGGCAACGUAGCGGCAAGUCAAAUUCCAUCGCGACAGGCGGCUACGGACUCUGCCAUGCCCCGCGGUCGCCCCGAGCCCAGGAAAGACGCGUCUGCCGACCUCCAUGAAGACCGCUCGCCCAUGACUGACCACAGCGCCGCCGACGACAUGUUGCAGCUCGACCUGCUCAUCCAGUCGAUCGAGCACGUCCUCGACGAGACUCGGGACGUGGACGACGAUGUCAUGGGCAACCUCCGGUCGCACACGCAACACCUCACGGGCUUCCUCGUCGACGCCGACGAAGCGAUCGUCGCCCAUGCGUUCGCGUUUGUCGAACGCCUGCACGACGCGCUCGGGCCCAUCAACUUGGCGCCCAUCCUGCUCGACUGGCUGCGUGCGAUCGCCUUCUCGGACGAUGCGACGACCGAGACUGCGGUGCAAGCGGUCGCGGCCCUCUCGGCCUACAGCAUGCAUGCGCUCAACGAGUGCUUCGACUCGCUCGUCCAAGCCGAGGCGGCGUCGGCCGAUGAGUGGUUUGGCAUGGUGCUCUACGAGGUCGCGCGCAGCCCGCACUUGCUCUCGAGUCUCUCGUCGACGCAGUUUAUGACGUACAUGCAGAUUCUGCUCAUGCACUUGGCGACGCCGUCGCUCACGGAGAGCAUCUCGCUGACCUUCCACGUCGUCUCGGAGAAGCAGCCGGACCAGUUCAACGGGUGGUACCUUGCGUGCGACGAAGACGCGAUGAAGCACAUGCUGGCGCUCAUGCCCGACAGCCGGUCGAUGGUCAAGCGCUAUGCGCAGCACCGCAAGCAGACGUCAUUUACGUCCAGCGUCGCUAGCAGUCUUGGCUCGACCUUGCGCCAGUCGCGGCUGCACGAUUCGCGGCGCCUCAGCGACUCGCGAGCGCGGUUGAGCUCGUCGCAUUUCCGCAGCACCAAGCCCACCACUGCCGCCAAGGCCAAGACCACCCUCGAAAAGCCCUUCGACUCGAAGAAGCGGGCGCUUGAGCGGAUCGGUCGGCCGAGCCUGAACGAGUCGGCGCUGUCGGAGAUUUCACCGCUCGACCAGUCGAUCAAGGUGCUCUCGCCGCGGCCGACCAAGCCUGCAGCAGGACUGCAGUUUACUACACCAACGCCACCAAAGGCAACGACAAGGGGCCGGCAGCCAGACGAAGAAGCGUCUCCGUUUGACGACGAUGACGACGACGCCGAGCCUGCGCUUGCGAGUCCACCACCCUCAUCCAUGGACGUGACGCUGCUGCUGUAUGUGCUCGUGGCGGCCAGCGUCCUCUUUGCCAUGUACGGCUUGACGGCCGGCGCGCUCUUGAUCUCGCAGGACUUUACCGCGUGGCAGCAGCGCAUGGCGCUCAACAAGUACCGCGUCAGCGUCGAGCGCAGCCUCGCCGAAGUCAACCGGGUGGCCGACGUUGUGCACGAAUGGCGGCUCGGCGUCACCGACAAGGUAGCCGCCUCGAGCUCUCAGACGGACCACGACCGCGCGCUCUCUAUAUCGUCCAUCUGGAGAGCCAUUGACGACGACCUGCACCUGCCUCGGCUGUAGCGCCAUCCUUCUUGUUAGCCGAAUAGCAGCCUAGUUCUCAUCUCGA